AUGCAGCAGCCACCGGCAACCUUGAAACACCUGCACAAAGCCGCUCUCCCCGUCCUCCUACUGGCCUCCUCGGUCUCAGUUUAUGCGACUCCCAGCAUCAAUUUGCCCAUCAACGCGCAAGUCCUUCCUGUCGCCCGACCCAAUCAAGCCUACAACUUUGUCUUCUCGGACUCCACUUUCAGCUGGGCUGGAAACUCCAUCGACUAUAGUCUCACGAACGGCCCAGGAUGGCUUCAGCUGAACAGCUCAAGCAGGGUCUUCUCUGGAACACCUAGAUCUGCUGACGCUGGAUCUUUCGCCGUGGGCCUGGCCGCGACUGACGACACUGGUUCAAGCUUAAUGUCCGUGACAUUUGUAGUGUCUACUGAUCCUGGACCUGGACUGGGUACUUCAGUCGCAGAGCAGCUCCCCGCCUUUGGCCCGGUUCCCAGCCCCGACAGUCUCUCACUUGCACCCUCGACUGCACUGUCGCUCUCUUUCUCUCCAAAUACUUUUACGAAUACGAGCGCAAACACUGUAUAUUAUGCUAUAUGCGCUAACAAUACGCCUUUGCCGUCUUGGAUCAACUUCCAUCCCAGCAGUCUUACCUUCUCCGGCACAACGCCCUCAUCGACCUCUCCAUGGGAGCUUCCUCAAGUGUUCCAGAUACAGCUCAUAGCUUCAGAUGUGAUUGGAUUUACAGAAGCCGUCGCAAGCUUUCAAUUGGUUAUUCAGAGCCAUCUACUCAUUUUUGGAAACAGGUUGCAUGUCAUAAAUAUCACGAAUGGGUUGCUGGUAAACUUCACUGGUCUUCAGCAUGAUCUGACUCUGGAUGGUCAGCCGGCAAGUUCUUCUGAGCUACGCGAAGUUGUGGCAAGCACGCCACCGUGGAUGUCGUUCAAUUCUAGUACCCUGACCCUAUCCGGCACACCUCCCGAAAGUGCAACUUCGCAAAACUUCUCCGUGACUGCGAGCGAUGUUUAUGGGGAUGCUACGAGCACAAUCGUCCUAAUCCAGAACACCAACAACCAUACGAGCUCCCUUACGAGCUCCUUUGCAGGGCCUUUUGCCACAGUGAACGCCACGAUAGGAGCAGUCUUUACGUAUGAUCUCAAGCCUGAGCUCGUCUCAGAUUCCACGGCGGACGUUGCGGUAGAUCUUGGUGCGGCAUCUGUAUGGCUGAAUUUCAAUUCGAGUUCCCUGAAGCUCCAAGGCCACGUCCCCACGGACUUAAAGCCUCAGUCAAUCCAUGUCAUGGUGACUGCAACACAUGGAACGCAGAGCCAAUCCCAAAUCCUCACGAUUGACUUCCAGAAUGCAAGCGCCUCGAGUGCACGGACCACAUAUAGCCACAGCAUUUCUCCCAAAGCUACGUCUGGCUCUACAGCGAGGGGCAACCAGACCGGAAAUGCAACAAGCUCAGCCAGCAGGCCCAAAAAGCGUUGGGUUGCUGCAGCGGUCAUAGUGCCAAUAUUCGUUGGGUUAGGAUUGUUGCUUCUCUUAUGCUUCUGUCUUAAGAGAAGGCGGCAACGAAAAGCAAACAAUGGUCCGUUACUCUCGCCGAAAUGGAGGAUAUCGCGGCCGAUUCUGGAAAAGGAUACUCCGAACGCUGAGGUAGGGGCAGAGACACCAAGAGUGCUGGCCAUCAACCGAAGGAGAGCUUCUUCAAUGGCGUCCAAGGCACCAUGGUUAGACUUUCUAGGGUUUCAGACAUCAGGACAUAGCCCCCGCGGGUUAAAAUCGCAUCUGUCAAGUGGUAUUAUCGGCAGCACAGAGCACUCGACAGGGCCGGAGUCUGCGGGGUUUCCUUGCUCUGGAGGAACAAAAGAAAAAACGGUGCCAGAUGUCAGCCAUAUACCAGAGAAGCGCACAAUGCGAAAAGCCGGAAUGACAUCCUGUGGACUAAAAGCACCCACAUUGGCUGUUCAAAGGCUAUCUGUCAUAAUCGACGAAUCACCGACCAAGAGACACUCGAAACAAAAGCAACGGGGAUCGAAUCUGAGUUACGAUACUGCCAGCAUCUUUUCAAGUCAACGCCUCAGCGGGAUUGGGCAUGGACGUAACACUUUGAGUCAAGGUAGCAGCAAACUUCGUUUUAGCAGUAAGGGCGUAGGCCAUGGCAGCGGUCUUGCAAGUGGACCUCCAGGCUUUGGAAUUGUUCGGAACUCCUGGCGCAAUCUCAGUCGUAGUACCUGGGCCUCCACGGACGGUUCUUCAAAUCCGGGACUCGAACGAGAGGCCACCAUCGGGAAAUUUCCGUGGAAUACUCGGCCCCCGGCGUCGAAUCCUUUCGGCAAGGGUUCCCACUCCCAAGUCAUUCACGGAUUCCCGGAUAACGAAGGGUCUCGCAAGCCAACACUCAGGCCAGUACUGUCUCCCACACAAGGCAGUAUCAGACGAAAAUCAGGCUCUUCUUCGCGGUUUCAAUCCAAUCUCCUCAAGGCCGACCCUCUUCAGUCUUUCCACAAACACCGUCUGCAACAGCGGAGUUCACGCAAUCCACUUUUUUCUGCUGGCCCCUCAUCGUCCCGCAUAUCUUCAAUUCGCGCAUCGAAGACAGCGCCCUUACAGAUACCCUCGUCUGAGUCAGGCAGUACUGGUAAUAAUGCUGUGUCUGAACGUCCGUUCACACCUCCUAGAGAGGACCUUCAACGGUCCUAUUUCGAAUCCUCGUCCCUCGAGCCGCCAAUGCGAUCAAGCCCCUCCCGAUCCUUCAGCUCUACAGCCUCACCGCGACGCCAGAAGAGCUAUAUCAAGUACCACUUGAACGCGCGCGCCCUCUCUCCUCAAAACUUCAGCCGCCCCUCGCGAAUGAACAGCAGAGGAAGCAGCUGGGUCUCUACUAGCAGCGACUCAAAAUUCGGCAGCGCAGCUAGCGAAGCACCUCCCUUCAACGGCUUCGGCGAGGAUCUGAGAGAAGAGACAGACGAGAAUGGCAACAAGCGUUGGCUGCGCGGUCACCCUAAUCCGUUAGGCACCCACAGGUUGGAUGUUACAGACCAAGAGUUGAUUGACCGACUCAGAGUCAGUGGUCACGUCAAUGCCGCGCAACGCUUGAGCUAUCUGAUGAGAGCGCAGACGGAUGGGAAACCAGACCAUGGUGCCGAGAGCGGCGACGAGGGUGGGCAAGUCAAGAUUGGUAGUUUGAAAGGGAAGAGGUUAGGCCAGAGCGCGGGGCUGAAGCAGGGUGAUCCGGGUAACAUGAGUAUGAGGGGGGAUAUCGGGAACACGACUGCGGGGGGUGCUUUCAUAUAG